AUGAGGUCAAUCCUUCAAACAAUCUCACUCACUGUGCAAGACAAACCUUUCGAGACAACGACCUCAAAACCCUUCCGCCCCAUGCAACAUCUUCCACAUAAGGCCCCCAACCCCGUCAUCCCCCUCAAAGCAGACCUCACCAUCCCCACCAUGUCCAUCCCAUCCGACUACCUCCUCGUCGCAACCCACCUCGCGCACUCCCCCUCCCUCCUCGAAGCCUUCGUCCAAGAAAACCUCCUCCGCCUGACCAACAUCUCCAUCCCCGUAACCAUAGACGACGUAACGCGCAACCUUCCCACCUCCCCAGCGACGACCGUCCCCAAAGACGUCGUCGCCAUCCUGAUCCGGCAGCGCGCACUUCCAGCCACGAUCGGCGUGAACGGGGUGGAGGCCGGGUACGUCGUGACGGAGACCGCGAGCAGCACGCCCGAGGUGUUUUGGGUGCUGUUUGUGAAUUUCGGGCCGGGGCGUGCGUGUACGGUGGAGGGGACGGUGGAGGUGCGGUAUUUUUACCCAAGGAAUGCGGACGCCCGGGCGAUGUUCUUGGCGACGUACUAUGACGAUUCGUGA